GUCGAUUGCGCAUGCGUGGAUUAGUAAGCAGGCCGAACACACGACCAUAUUAUUUCUCGCAUUUCUUUUCUAUAAUGACCAAAAUAUCACGACUUGGGAAAUGAUAUUGUGUUCUUCAAAUCAAGACGAAGCUCCAGUGUAUCCAUUAGCGGGGGGACCCAUCACAAGCGACUGUCCUGAAGGGACCUGUCUUCAUCGCGAUAAACUAGACGUGAAUGCAGAGCCCCCUUGGGAUCCCAGCUGAUAUCUGCUAAAAGAACUCGCAUUUCAACUAUAUAUUCUUCUACGUAUAUCCUAGUAUCUAUAAAACUCUUACCUGACUAUAUACCAAACUGUCUUAUAGCUUUAUAAACAAUUUGACAAAAUGAAGCAAGCACCUGAGGCCACGGUCAUGUAUGUAAAUGACCAAUUUUCUGCACCUGUUGAAAUUCUGAACGAGAAUUUAGAGUUAAAGAAGACCAUUGAGGCAAAAGUUGACCAACAUAUGGAAAGUGAGGAUUCAUUCUUCGUAGCCGAUCUUGGGGAUGUUGUUAAGAAGUUAACCAAAUGGAAGUCCCUCCUGCCAAGAGUCGAGCCAUUCUAUGCCGUUAAAUGUAACGAAGACACUCUCGUGUGUCAAACCCUUGCCGCCUUAGGAACUGGAUUUGAUUGCGCAAGCAAGUCUGAAAUUGAUCGUAUUUUGAACCUAGGAGUGUCCUCAGACCGCAUUGUGUAUGCUAACCCCUGUAAACAAACAUCACAUAUCCGUUUCGCAGCCAAGCAUGAUGUUGCCAUGAUGACCUUCGAUAAUGAAAAUGAAUUGCAUAAAGUGAAGAAAGUAUACCCCAAUGCUAAGUUGAUACUUCGUCUGUUGCCCCCUGAGGAUACCAAAUGCCAGUGCCAGCUUGGAAUGAAGUUUGGAUGCCAUCCUGAUAAUGUAGCCAAGCUCCUCAACAAAGCCAUGGAGCUUGAAUUAGAUGUUAUUGGCAUUAGUUUCCAUGUUGGGAGCGGAUGUUAUGAUCCAACUGCCUUCUCCGCAGCUGUCUUAUCUGCCAGAAAUGCGUUUGAUGUUGGGGCCAGAAUUGGUUUCAAUUUCUCUCUGCUUGAUAUUGGAGGUGGAUUCCCUGGCCAACCAGAUCAGAAGAUCACAUUUGAGGAGAUCGCUGAGGAGUUGUCAUCCGCAUUGGAUAAUUAUUUCCCUGAAGAAGAGGGUGUUCGGGUCAUUGCUGAGCCUGGUCGCUAUUUCGUAGCAUCUGCAUUUACACUUUGCGUCAAUAUCAUCGCGAAGAGAGAGGUCAUUACGCAGGAAGCUGAAGGGGAACCAGAAACCAGUUUCAUGUACUACGUGAAUGAUGGAGUAUAUGGCUCUUUCAACUGCUUGUUGUUUGACCAUGCAGAGGUAGUUCCACAAUUGCUUCAGCCAUCAUCAGACCCCACAUAUACAUGCUCCAUCUGGGGACCCACGUGCGAUGGCCUCGACUGCAUUAAGGAGAAAUACAAGUUCCCAGAGCUCAAUGUUGGAGAAUACAUGAUGUUUGAGAAUAUGGGGGCCUAUACCAUUUCGGCUGCAACCACCUUCAAUGGAAUGGCUAAACCAUCUGUUUUCCAUGUUGUCGCCGAGCCAUUUUGGAUGCAGUUGUGUCCAGCGUUGAAAAAGAUGACUAAGUUUGCUGUCCCAGUGAAUGAAACACCUGCCCUUAUUAAGAAGGAAGAGAUCGUUGCUGACCGUCUACCAAUUGAAAACUUAUCUGAUGCCCUUCAACAGUUCCUUAAACUUGGAGAUUCCGUUGAUGACGCAGAGGAUCAGCCAGAUUUGUCCAAGACAUCUCUCAAUGAAUUGUUCGCUUUCUAAUAUGCAAAGGAAUAUGUUUACUUUCUGAUAUAGUGAGUAAAUAACAAAUGUAUUUUCUUUCUAAUGCAGUGACUAAAUAUGUUUGUUAUAUUCUUUCUUAAGCAGAAAAAAUCUUUCUGAUGUAGGAAGGGGAUAUAUUUUUGGUCAUUGUUGUAGUGAGUGAUGUACAUGUAUUUGCCUUCUAAUGUAGAAAACAAGGAUAUUUCCUUCUUAAAAUAGAAAAAUCAUAUAUCUGUUUUCUGUUGUAAGAAAGUAUGGAGUGAAUGUAUUUGUUUUCUAUAUUAGGCAAUAUAAAGAACACACAAAGAAGGCACAAUAACCUUUCACAGUGGAUCGGUGAUUUUGCUCUCACUAAAAGCCAAGUUAUUGAGUUCAUCUAUAACCGGAUACCAAAUCACAAAAUGUAAUCUAAAUAAAAUGAAUCAUUCAUUGCUUUUGAAAACAGUGUGUUAAAAUUGUUUAUGUAAACUACAGUAGACUUUAACCAUAAUUAGGCUGAUAGAGAUUGGUUAAAGUACAAUGAUAUUCAGUUUACUGACUCUGAUAAAGCCUAAAGGUGUUGGCCCGCAUUUCAACAGAUGCAAAAUCAAAUAGAAGAGUGUCAGUUUUUCAUAACCUUUUUAAAUAGAAUGGUAUAAUAAUAUUAUAUUAUUUGUAGUGUCCUGCUUGAGAUUGAUACUUAUUUCGGACAAUUUUCAAAAUUUAGGAAAUGGUUUGAAAAUGUGAUGAAAAAUUGGCAAUCGCGGGUGCUUGCUUCGUUCAAAUUUGUCAAAUGUAUACUUAUUGUUGAUUUUGUCACUAAUGUAACAUGAUAUGAGUUUUAUAUUGCUUGUAUACCAUAUCCCAACCCCCCCACAUUUAGAAAAUACUGCUCCUAUUCAAUGUCCCAACCCCUACCCCAUGUUUAUAUGGGUCCAUAGCCAAUAGGUCUACUUAAGCCUACAUUCUGAAUUAUAUCACUUACAAUAGACUAAAUAUGCAUUGAUUGUCCAAAAUAUGCGAUUUCAAAUUGGGUUGUUGUACGAGCAAUAUAAGAUUACUAGAAAUUAAUGAAUGGAAAAUUGUAGUAUUAUUUGUAAUUUUAGGGUAAAAAUGGUUAAACCAUCAUAAUCUAUUUCAUCCAAUAUUAUUGGAAUUGGGUUGGGAUUUUUACAUGACUUUGAAAUUUUUCCAUUUUCUUUAUUACCUUAUAACAUUAAUAUUGGAUUGAUUUUUUUCUAUAGAGAAGGGCGUGGGUUCCAUAAGACUGGGUAUCUCUUCAUUCUAUCCUCUAUUAUAUUAUAUGUAGCUUAGUGUAUUUUCCUUGUUGGUUACAUUUAUGGGACUGGCAAAAUAAUCUACUUUUCUGCUAUCGCUUUAUCUGCUUUAUGUAGUAGCCGAAAAUAUACAUUUUUGUGGAACCCAUGUUUUGUAAUGAUGAAUUCAAAAUAUACAGCAUUUUUUAAUACAUACAUAUGAAGUAUUAUUGUUUAUGAUUAAUUUAUGGUUUAUAGGUCUUUAUUUAUAUUUAAUUUUUGUUUUGAGUCAAAUUAUUUGAAUCAUUCUCCCUGAUAUUUAUUAUACAUGUAUAUGUAAAGGGGGACUAAACUUUGAUGUAAUGCAGACAUUCAUUUUAAAACAACAGUCACUUCUAAAUCCAGGGCUUUUUCUUGAAUAUACUCUAUAACCAUUCAAAAAAUAAUAAUAUAACAUGAUUCUAUCAACAUGUCAUGGUCUCUUAAAGGAAUGGUGUGUUUGUUUAAGAAACUGCCCCCUGGAAUUUAUUUGUGAAUUUUGAAAAAUGCUGUAUAAAUCAAUGUGAAUCUGUCUCAACAUGAUAAACAGUUUCCUAACAUAAUGGAACCUGUCUGAUCAUGCCAGGCAGUUUCUUUAUAUAUAACAGGUCACUGUACUUCAGAUCAACUGAUCUAUUGUUGUCCUAUGAUAGUCAGGUGAUUUGGACUGCAUUGAAUUCUAUAUGUAUGUGUACUUUACAGUAAAACCUGUUGCUAUGAUGAACACCUCAAAUUUGUAAAAUAUAAAUUGCUCUCUUUUGAAUUAAAUCAAUUGUAGCACAUAUGUUUCAUUCUUGAUUUUCAUAUAAUAUGUUGCCUCACACUUUGCUGAAUAUAAAUUCUCAACGAAAAAUAUCUCACAACCAGUUGUGUUCACUAUAUAAACAGGGUUUACUGUAUAUUGAUAGUGGCUUAAGUAUUGUAUUCUAUAACAGUAUAAUCACUACAAAUGUUAGCUUGAACAUGUAAUCGUGUGGCACUGUUUGUUCAAAUACUGCAUGAUAGUUUAGUUAUACAUAUACUUAACUACCAAAAAGAACCAUCAAUGAGGACUUUCAUGUUCAAUCCCUGGAACAUGUCACUUAUUUGAAUAAUCUUUAAAAAAAAUGUAACACCAAAUGCAAAAUUAGAGCGAAAGAUUUCUGUCAUAAAUAACAGGCCCGUAGCCAGUGGGAGAGUUCGGGUCCAAAAAUUCUUUCAAAAUCGUGCAGUUUUUCACCAUUCUCACUUUUCAAAUGAUUUGGGUAAAAGUUGCAAAUGUGAAGUGAACCUCCGGAUUUUUUGGGGAGUGAACCACAUUGACAAAAGCUGCUGGCUACAGGCCCGAUUAAUUUCCAUCUCCUUAUUGCAUUUAUGGUUCACAUGUUUCUGAAUCAUGAUUAUGUGAAACAGAAUCAAGACUCUCAUCUCCACCCUAGUUGAAAUGAGUUUCUGAAACUUGGUCAUUGAUAAUUAUUCUAGUGUUAGAGCUAGAUUCACUACUUGAAGACUAGACUCAUGUUUCAUUGUUAGCAUUAAUAUAUGAGAAAUCAAUUUAACUUCUAAGGUUUAAUUAUUAACCCGAAAUGUAUCACUGAAAAAUGAAAAUUUUAACAUAUGACCUAAUUUUGAUGAAAAACCCAAAAAAGUAAUUUAAAAAUUUUGUCUUCCGUGAAGAUUAAUAGCAUUAAAUGUAAUAGUAGCAAAUGUCAUA